CUCGAUUUUGUGAUAACGGAAAAUUAAAAAUAUAUUUGCACAUAUUUUAUUAAAUUUUUAUAAUAAAAAGCGAAAGUAAAUUUUAAAAGUAUAAAAGAUAGGAAAAGAAAAAUAUGCCCAAAAAAAAGCAAUCUGUUGUUGAAGCUAUGGAUGAAAUUGAAAGCCAAGUAAAACUGUUGUGUGAUCAAGCAAACAACCAAAUGAAAGUCCGGGAAUACGAAAAAGCUCUAACCAGAUAUGACCAGGCUUUGGAUUUAAACCCAAAUGAUGCUAAUGCUCUGGUAGCUAGAAGCAAAUGUUACCUUCUCCUUGGUGAACCAGCUAAAGCACUAGAAGACGCUGAAACUGCACUCAGUGUAGACAAAACCAACAUUCGAGCUAUUUAUCAAAAAGCUGAGGCACUUUAUUAUUUGGGACAAUUUGAACAAAGUUUAAUGUUUUUUCAUUGCGGUUUAAGAGCUCGUCCAGAGCUUACAAUUUUUCGUUUGGGUGUUCAAAAAACCCAAGAAGCAAUUGAAAAUACUAUCGGUGUUGUUAAGAAAGGUGUGCUAACUAAAUCGAAGCAGCAAAAGAAAAAUUCAAAUUCUACUAAACAAACACCGGUUGAAACACCAAAGUCGACAAAAACUACCGCCCGAUCAAAAAAAAAUGUUGAUCACGAAAAACGUAAUGCCAGAAAAUUACUAGGAGAGUUAUGUGUCGAUAAAGAAUAUUUAGAAAACUUAUUAAAGCAUCCAGAUCUAAAAAGAGCUGAUACAAAUACAGAAAGUAUUUCCACAUUUGCUCGGGAGGCUGUUGAUUUUUUGAACAAGCGACAGGAAUUUUGGCGCCAGCAAAGACCGUGCACAGCUAUGGUCAAUCACAGAAAUACAAAUCCGGAAAAUAUCCCGCCAUGGUUCUAAAUCAAUUCGAUUUGUAUUGAUGACUUCGAAGGGUUCUAAAUGGUUCAAUACAAAUUUUAUUUUUGUUUUGUUUCUAAGUAAACGUGUAUUCGUACCAUGUGAUUAAUAUGCAUUCAUAUAAUAAGUAUGUAUACAUAUAUGUAUGUAUAUUCGCAUACAGCUGAUUCUCUUUUUACACGAUAGAAUGGUUCCCGAGAAAUUCGUGUAAAAAAAUCGUGUAAAAAAAUAAUAGAUUGGUUCUAUACCUCAAAAAACAAGUUAAAAAUACACUAAAUUAUAUGAAAAAAAUUAUUGUUGUAAUUAUUUUAACAAUUUAUUUUCGUUUUAAUUCUUUAAAUAAAAUAAAAUAUAAUACAAUAAAUAAAAAUUUAAAUUUUAAAAAAAAAUAUGUACAUAUUAUAUCAGAAGUUCAUUGAUAAAAAACUAAACACAAAGAGUACAAAGAGUACAACCAUAACAAAAAUUUAAACAUUAAACAAUUUUAUUUCUUGUCACUGUCUGCUAAUAAACGUAUACGUCUGCGAAAAACUGCAAAAUCACUGCCAUCGCUGAAAACAGUUCAAUUGUACAUUUUUGUCGUUUAGUAAUCAUAAUUAUUCAAACAGUUGCUGUUACUUCUGGAUCAAUCAGAAUACCAGGCUCAUUUUAAGUAGAAAAAAAUUUUUUUUUGCAUUAGUGUUAUUUCAAAUUAAGUAUGUCGUGUAAAAAUAGAAAUAUUUUUUGGUGUUUACUCGGGUUAUUUCAAAUUCGUGUAAAAACGGAAUUAGGUGUAUAAAUAUAUAGGUUCACAUUAAUGUAACUAUGCAGUUCAAAAUCAACACGAUAUAGCUGGGAGGAUGGAAAACAAGAAAAUGUUAAAUUCACAAAAUGGAAAUCUCUCUAUUAACUAUUAUCUCUAUUAACUAU